AUGGAUGGGAAGACGACUGAGAACGUAGUGCGCCACUUCAUUCCCAGCCUGGGCCAUCCUAGCUUGACACGGCGCGACUUACCUGUAGCCACGGGCAAUUCCAACAUGCCAACGCAACCACGCCAGGGGACUGUGACGUCGCUCGCUGAGAAGGAUGCUGCGCCAUCGGCGUCGCCGAAGAGACGGCUCUCGAGGCACAUGAGUGCCUGCAUACUCAACAUGCUGAAGGACGAUUCGCAGGACGAGGAGUGGCAUCGUUGCCGCAAAGGAAAGGACAGAGUCACAUUCGCGACGAUUCGCGCCAAUCCUGCGACAAUCCGCGCCAAUCCAACAAGAGAAUACGCUAAACGAGACAUUGCGUCUUCAGCCGUACCAAUUGUUAACGGCAAGCCAGCGGCGCAACUUAUUGGCAGACCUGCACUGUCCUUCGUUUUCUUAGAAGCGCCCGUAUGGUUGGUGGUCCUGAAGCUGGUCUGCCAUUAG